AUGUCCUUCCUCUUCGUGGCCGGCGUGUUUAUAACCUUCGUCACCUUCAUACUGUACAUGCUCGGGCACAACCGCCUGCAUCGCUCUCAGAUUCAAGCGUCAAAGGCUAUAGGUUCGAUUCAACUAGGAAUAGCUUACGCCGUUGCCAGUCUGGCGUCGAAACCGGAGCGCAAUUUAUUGAUCAGGGAUUUCGCUGUGAUAGAAUCAAUCUUUUUGCCUGGGGAAGGAAGCAAUGUGACGCCAGCUCAUCACUACAGCGACUUCAAAUUUAAGGCCUACGCUCCAGUCGCUUUUCGGUACUUCAGGGACCUGUUUAGCAUAAACACCGAAGGUUUUCUGAUGUCUUUGUGUCACGAACCCUUGAGGGAGCUCUCAAAUCCUGGCGCAAGCGGAAGUACGUUUUACCUCACCAGCAACGACGAGUUCAUCAUCAAAACCGUUCAACACAAGGAAGCCGAGUUCCUGCAGAAUCUGCUGGCAGGUUACUACAUGAACCUGAACCAUAAUCCGCGAACCCUUCUGCCCAAGUUCUACGGACUCUACUGCUACCAGUGCGGCGGCAAGAGCGUGCGCGUCGUGGUGAUGAACAACCUGCUGCCCUCGGUGGUGCCCAUGCACCAGAAGUUCGACCUGAAGGGAUCCACCUUCAAGCGCAAAGCGAGCAAGCACGAGCGCAGCAAGCGCUUCCCGACCUUCAAGGACCUCGACUUCCUCGAACAGCAUCCCGACGGCAUCCUGCUGGAGACCGACACGUACAAUGCCCUCAUGAAGACCAUCCAGAGAGACUGCCAGGUAUUGGAGAGCUUCAAAAUAAUGGACUACAGCCUCCUGAUAGGCAUACACAACAUCGACCAGGCGGCGAAGGAACAAGUAUUGUAUGCUCAGAACAGCAGCGGCCUCAUCUUGAAGCCUUGCACGCAGGAGCGGCAGUCUCGGGGUGCAAAGGACGAAGUGAAACUCGAUCCUCCAGCAGGCGCGGAAGAAGACUCCAUCUCCAAACCAGCAGGUAAAGCCAUUCUCUAA